AUGAAGCCAUCUAAAGCAGCUAAAGUCUUGUCUGCUGCCAAACUCAGGCCGUUUGACUUUUCAUCCACAACCAAGAGGAAUGUGGGGCUGCUCAUAUCCUACCACGGUGCCGGUUUUCGAGGUUUGGCGCGCCAACCAAAGUAUAUAAACACUAUAGAGGAACGUAUUGUAGAGGCGUUGAUAACUACUAGGCUCAUUGGUCCCGAAAUCAAUGAACAUCAAACAUCUUUAGACAAAGCUGCCAGAACAGACAAAGGAGUAUCAUCUAGUCAUAACGUCGUCUCUUUAUGGUUACGCAGCAAUUCCAAAGAAGCAAACCCAGAUCUCGGUAUUUACCCAUUCAUGUCUCGGACGUGUAAUGACCUGCCGUCGAAAAAAGGACACGCACCUCUUGCUACUUCUAGAACAGGUGUAGAAUCCAGGCUCGACAUUGAUGAUGCUUCAAUCAAGCAGGAGCUUCCGUAUGUAGUGAUGCUGAAUCGUCAUCUACCACCGACAAUUCGAAUACUCGCGUGGUCGCCUGUCUCUGGAUUUGAUGCUCGAAGGCAUGCACUGCAAAGAACGUAUGAAUAUUCUUUUCCAGCUCAUGGUAUAGAUUUAGAACUCUUGACUCGUGCUACUGAUCGGUUUGUUGGAACACACGACUUUAGCUAUUUUACAGAUUAUUCCAAGUCGUCGAAGACCAACAUACGGACGAUUUCUGAGAUGACGAUCAGGGAAGAAGUGUAUGGAUCUAUACGGCUUUUUGUAGUUACUAUUAAAGCGCCAAGCUUUGUAUGGCAUCAGAUACGGAAUAUGAUGACGGUCUUGAUUCGUGUUGGUCAAGGACUAGAGUCUGAAGAAGUAAUAACUCAAAUGCUGGAAACGAAACCGGAAAAGGAUGCAAAGACACGGCCCCUUUUUGGAAUGGCUAGCCCACUUCCAUUAAUACUCACAAAUGUAGAAUACCCACCAUCAUCUGUAAAGUGGAGCUUCCCAGAAAAGAAUGUAGAAUACCCACCAUCAUCUGUAAAUUGGAUAAAGUCAGUGUCGAGUAAAAAGGAGGACUUUAGAAGCCGAUUGAUCAUAGAAGCUCAACGAGAAGAGUUUAGAGCUGUAAUGGAAGCUAGGUUCUGGAAGACUGUUGGAUUACACUGGAAGAAUGAAGCAGACGUGUCGCAGAAUACUGUGAUGUGGCAUGACGAACAAAUCGUCAAGUCGUUGAGAGGAUCCGGCGCGUAUGUGCCUAUUUUACAUCGACCGUAUAGGCCAUGGGGCCCUCAGUAG